GACACACUAUUGUUUAGAUAGUUCAUGUACUAUUUGCAUACCGCCUAUCAUAUCAUCUGAAAUAACAGUUGUAAGAAUAAGCAGGACAUCGAAUAACCUUUAGCUUUGACUGCCGGGCAUGAGAUUUGCACAGGUCGUGUUCGACACUCACAUAAUAGAUUUCAUAUGUGACGACGUGGUUUAAAGGAAUAUCGGAUGAAGUCCUGUCAUCCUCAGAGAUGGCGGAGAUCCACACUAAAAUCGUCGACCAAACAAUACGGUCCUUCAAUGCCCAAGGUCAGAAAGUAGACGUACCAAGAAUCCUUGGAUCACCUGAAGAAGCUUUGAAGGCUGUCAAUGAGUUCCUCCGAUUGAACUCGCUAGAGGAGACUCAAAAGAAGUUCGAUGAUCUUGACUUUACAAGUCCAGAUGUCUUGUUGGAUAUAAAGAAAAUCAAUGUUAAUCUGAGCAUUACUGCCCUUGAGAAUGUUGGGUUACAUCACGUGACAUCGAUGUUUGGAGUUGAUAAAAUUCCUAUCCUCCUGAUGGCUGUCAGUUCAGCAUAUGGUGAUUGCCCACAGUUGAAGGAAGCUAUGAUGGCAGUCGGAAUCGAUCCAACUCCAAAUAUAGCUCCACCGCACGUAAUGACGGUAGGUGAUGCGAUCCCUGAUCUUCAACUGGUAUCCUUGUCUGGGAAAGCCAUGGCGCUUUCUGAUCUUCAUAUAAACAAGGAUAGACCGAUGAUGAUUCUGGCUUCAUCAGCCUCCUGACCUCCGCUUAGGGCCUGUGUAGUAGGUGGUACGCUUGCUAGAAUUGUUUGCGACUACCGAGGCCAGGUCGAUUUCGUAGCUGUCUAUCUCGCCGAAGCUCACCCGAAAGAUGGAUGGACCAGGGGAACUAAGUUAAGUCCGAGAGAUCAACAUAAAUCACUUCAGGAGAGAA